CGGUGGUUUAACCAAUCACGGCUACUUUCCCGAAGCACCACCCACCAAAACAGUUUGAUUUUAAAUUCAAACGGCCGGAAACCGCGGAUUGGAGACAACCUUUUAAGAAAACUCAGCGUUAGUUAAUUAAGAACAUGUCCCGCUUGCCAGUCAGUGCGAGCAAGAGGGUCCUUCUGACGAGCAGCAGCAGCUCGGAGAACGGACAAGACUUUGCUCCCGCUCAGAAGAAGAUCCGCAAGGACCCCGAGCCUUUCAAACCACAUGCAGCAGCUACGAUCAUCAGCGGCAGGCGGCCUCCGGUUGCAGCAACCAGGGCUCCGAUUUCAAGGCCAGUCCGCGGUGUGGGAGCCGCCACCGUGGCUGGUGUUCCUUCCCGAGGCGUCCUGAAACAAUCGAUAGCUUCUACUGCAGCAAAGGGGGGGAACGUGAAACCAACGGCUGCACCAACAGCCCCCAAAACAGGUGCAGGUGGGGGCACCAAGCGCCACGCGUGGGACUUCAAGGGCAAGGUCAGCGACAUGGAGGGCAAGAUCCGUAACUACCAGACCAAGGUGAAGACUACCAACCAGGAGAACGAGGAGCUGAGAGGCACGAUGGCCCAGACCCAGUCAAGAGUGUCUGAGAUGGAGAAGAAACUUGAGAAGCAGACGAGGCAGAUCAGUGAGUACGAGGCGGAGCUGCAGGCCUUGUCUGGCGUGCGGGAUGAGUUGGAGACGGUGUCCAGCGACAAGUGCACUCUUGAAAAGGAGCUUUCCAGUUUAGAGAGCAAAUACAAGGUCGUGGAGACUCUGCGGGACAGCCAGGAGACCGAGCUGCAAACGCUCAAGAUGAAGCUGUCGGUGCAGGAGUCGACCAUGGCCCGCCUGCAGGCGGCCCUCAGAGACUCGGAGGAAGAGGUCCGCUCCCUUAAGGACACCGUUGUCCAGCAGAAGGAUGAGCUUCAUGCCGGGGAGAUGGAGCGCAGGCAGCUCCACAACGCCAUCCAGGAGCUCAAGGGCAACAUCAGGGUCUUUUGCAGGGUGCGCCCUCUGGUGGAGGGAGGCCUCAGCAAGCACAUCCAGCUCUCGCCCAGCGACAACAAGACGAUAACGCUGGCCAAGACCGAGGAGUCCCACACAGGCAAAGCUGCUGACACUCAGAAGAAUUACAACUUCAGCUUCGACCGAGUGUUUGGCCCCCAGUCUUUACAACAGGAGGUGUUCGAAGAGAUCUCGCUGCUGGUGCAGUCCGCGCUGGACGGCUACAACGUCUGCUGCUUCGCUUAUGGCCAGACGGGCAGCGGCAAGACCUACACCAUGGAGGGGGGCGAGUACGACGAGUGCAGAGGAGUCAUUCCCAGAGCCGUGAAGCAAAUCUUCAGAGCGGCAGAGAAGCUGGGGGCGCAGGGCUGGGAGUUCACCUUCACGGCGAGCUUCGUGGAAAUUUACAACGAGGGCCUUCGAGACCUGCUUUACUCUGGCAAGGCCAGCAAGAGGCCCGAGCACGAGAUCCGAAAGUCGGCCAACAACGAGGUGACCAUCACCAACCUCACAUACCAACGGGUCUGCAGCGAGGAUCAGGUUCUCCACCUCAUCAUGUUGGCCAAUCAGAAUCGCUCCACCGCCCAGACGGCCCAGAACGACCGCUCCUCCCGCUCCCACUCAGUGUUCCAGCUGGAUAUCGAGGGAGUGAACGCUGGCAGGGAUGUCAAGUGCAAGUCCACUCUGUGCAUGGUGGACUUGGCCGGCAGCGAGCGCAUGCUGAAGAGUCAGUCUCAGGGGGAGCGCUUUAAGGAGAUGACCGCCAUCAACGGCUCCCUGUCCAACCUCGGCAUCGUCAUCACCGCGCUGGCCAACAAGGAGAGCUACGUUCCCUACAGGAACUCCAAGCUGACCUACCUGCUGCAGGGCUGCUUGGGAGGAAACAGCAAAACCCUGAUGUUUGUGAACAUCGCUCCAGAGACCGACAGCUUCGGAGAGACGCUGAACUCUUUGAGGUUUGCAAGCAAGGUCAACGACUGUGUGAUUGGAACUGCGAGCGCCAACAGGAAGUAGAGCAGAAAAGAAGUUAACGCGGUUCUUACUAUUUUUACCUUUUUAUUAAUGGUCACAACAUGAAAUGUCCGGCGCAAUCGUUUCUCGCGUCUUGAGUUUUACUUUGUGUGGUUUGGCACAUCGCGGGGCUCAAUCAGUCCGGCAGGGCUCAAGGCAGAUUCAGUCACUCACCUUUUGAAUAAAUACAACCGCAGUGAGAACCGGAGCCAGACAACGCGUGACGCGUGUAGUUGAUGGCGCGUUGUUUGGUGGGACGUUUGGCCCCAGAUGUCCGGCACUCUGCUGUGAUCUCGCGGGGGCGUUUGGUAGAGGAUGAUGGAGAAAUGAUGAACAAGCAACCAGCCACUUGCUUGACAGCUGCAGUGACGACGCUUAAGAUUGAAAUUCUUUUCAAUGGUAAAACACAAACAAACAAUUUUGAAUGGUUAUUGUAAUAAAGCCGUCAUUCUUUAAAGUCACAUUAUAAUUAAGCUUACUUAUAACUGCACAGCAUGUUGAUUCCUAAAGAGACUGUUUGAUGAGCCCUGUGCAAACCAAAAACUAAAAUCCUUUAUAUUCUCAGGACUUUCCUUGAUCAUUAUUUCAGGCUUUUAACUAUUUAAUCAAGAGGAUGUGUACAUAGGCAUGUUUUUAGUGUGUUCUUUUUAAAUAUAUGGCUCUCAAGGCUCCUUUAUUCAUGUCAUUUUCUAGUUGAGACCUUUUCAUUUCCAUUGGAAAGUGCAUCAAUAUGCACAUUUUUUCCAGUUCAUGUUUUUUGUGUAACUUUCACAAUACUUGCAAAUAAAUGCAGUGUGCUUAAACAAA